UUGAACUUGUCAAGCUCCCAAAAAGGCGGCCCUAAUCUGAUCACGGACAAGAAGAAUAAGCCAGCCCAAGAAGUGCUCGACAAAUGCGAGGAGGCCUGGGACGGCAAGGGCUCCUUGGGAGAAUCUGAGGAAAGGGUACAUUCAAAGCAUAUGAACUAUAACCGUUGCGGCGAAUACCUGGGCAUGUAUGUCAUGAACAAAGAAGAGAGGGGAAAGCAACCAGGAGCAGACACUCAGAUGGUAGCUGCCCACAGGCCGAACCAAACCAGCGAACAAAAGGAGGCAUCCCGCCUGAAGGACCACGAAAGAUCCCCAGCGACGAAAUCCGAAAUUGAGAUCCAGGCACCUUGCGAUGAUGCAAACGGGACUCAAGGGGGCUGUGCCACCAUUGAAAAGGUGACUGGGGCCAAGGUUGUGGCUGGAGAUGACAAAGACUAUGACUUGGGAGAGACCAAAGGGAAGCACGAGUUUCUGGGUCGGUAUGAGGCAGAUGAAGAAUAUAUUCAAAGAAAGGAAGAGGACAGG